ACUGAAGUCACAAAAAUAAUAUUUGGCUUUCCGUUAUUGUGCUUAUUUCCUUAGGAUUAUAGUGUAUUAAGUGUAUGCAUUGUAUUUAAACUAGAAAGAAAGCAAAUACUUGUUUAGGAAAUAGGAAAGAAAUGAAAUUCAUGGCAGAUGAAUGCAUAUUCUUAGUAUAUUGUUUAUCAUUUUUGUGUUUGGAGCCCUGUAUAUGUAGUUCAAAAUCAAGGAUUUCAGUGCCUUGCUUUAAGUGGUGGUGGCGGCAGCAGUAAUAACAAGGUCAGCAACAACAGUUGUCAUCAUGUGCAUACAUGUGUGUUACAUUUGUUGUCUACACAUUGCUAAGUAUUUCACUUGUAUUAGCUUUCCAAAUCCUUUCAAUAAACCCCACAAGCAGGAAGUCUUAUUAUCUCCAUUUUAUACACGAGAGAUCAGGAAAUUUACCUAGGCUACACACUGACUUUGCAGUUUUAAAUCUGAGUUAAUUCAAAUUUGUAUUGUUCACUCUUAACUACUUUUUUAAAAUAUCUCUGAAUAUGUUGUUUUUCUCCUUUCUUGUGAUUUGGACUCAUUGCACUUUUCAGGGGGCAUGGAAACAGAUGAUCUUCAAAUGAAACAUGACUAGGCCUAGUGGGUCUUAUGUAAAUCACUUGAAUUACUGAGGCAUCCUCAAGGAACUACGGUAUUCCUUACUAAGUUAUUAACAAUCAUAUUUUUACAAUUCAGGUAUGAAAAUAUUACAGAUUCAUGAAGGUGCUUUAUUCUACAAGAUGUCAUCGAAAUGGAAAAUUUCAUGUUUAAAUGCUGGCUGGUGGACUAGAUGGUUUUUGAUUACUGCUGAUAAGGACUUUAAAAGGUUUGGCAGGAAUAGUUCUCCAAAGGACAUGGAUGAAAAUGACAGCAACCAGUCCCUGAUGACAAGCAGCCAAUAUCCUAAAGAAGUAGUAAGAAAACGCCAAAAUUCUGCACGGAAUUCUGGAGGAAGUACUUCUUCUAGGUUUUCCAGGAAAAGUUUCAGACUGGAUUACAGACUAGAGGAAGAUGUAACUAAAUCAAGGAGAGGGAAGGAUGGGCGAUUUGUGAAUCCUUGGCCAACAUGGAAAAGUCUCUCUAUCCCAAAUAUCCUCAGAUGGCUGAUAAUGGAAAAAGACCACAGCAGCAUUCCCAGUUCCAAAGAGGAACUUGAUAAAGAACUCCCUGUGCUUAAGCCAUAUUUUGUCAAUGACCCUGAAGCAGCUGGAGUGAGUGAAGCAGGCUUAAGAGUCACGUGGCUGGGACAUGCCACGGUCAUGGUGGAAAUGGACGAGCUCAUCUUUCUCACCGACCCCAUGUUUAGCUCUCGUGCUUCACCGUCGCAGUACAUGGGUCCAAAGCGCUUUCGGCAGGCACCGUGCUCUGUCAGUGAGCUCCCCCACAUAGACGCGGUCCUCAUCAGUCACAACCACUACGACCACCUGGACUACAGUGCUGUCAUCUCUUUGAACGAGCGGUUUGGUAACGACUUGAGGUGGUUUGUGCCGUUGGGUCUCCUCGACUGGAUGCAGAAAUGUGGCUGUGAGAACGUGAUCGAGCUGGACUGGUGGGAGGAGAACUGUGUCCCCGGACAUGACAAGGUCACCUUUGUCUUGACACCUUCCCAGCACUGGUGGUUUAUGAAAUACCAGCAUGUGGACCCAGAAGAAGCUGUAAGGAUUCACAUUGAUGUUCAAGCAAAGAAAUCUGUGGCCAUUCACUGGGGAACUUUUGCCUUAGCAAAUGAGCAUUACUUAGAGCCUCCAGUGAAACUCAGUGAGGCCCUAGAAAGGUAUGGACUUAAGAAUGAAGACUUUUUUGUCUUGAAGCAUGGAGAAUCAAGAUACGUACAUACCAGUGAUGAAAGCUUUGAAUAAAUAUGAGCACAGGAGCUUUUAAUGAAAUAAAUUUGAUAUAAAUUUGAAAGUAUGUGAUUAUGAUUUUUUACAUUAGGAAACUUCCUUUACAUUUGCAAGUUUCUGUUUUAUGUAGUAACUUUACUAAUGCGAUUGCCAGUUCACAUAAACAAAGAGUUCAGGUAUGGGUUAAGUAAUGAAUUGGCUAAACCUGAUUUUAAAGACUCAUUUCUGUUCUUUUCUUAAGGGCCUUCUGCAAGGUUAGUCAAGGCUAUGUACAUAAGUAGGUAUUUUUCAGAGGACUGCUAACAUACAUGUAUUUCUUACAUUCACACUAGAGUAAUGAUAAAAUUGCUUAUAGCACUUCUUACUCUGAGUAGCUUACAUGCCAAAUAUUAAGUGAUAUAUUUUUUAAGCAUAAAAACAUAGAAGAGGUUAGGCUAAGUUACAUUUGUAAAGACAUUUUUUAUAAAAGGAACAGUAUAUUUCUAUUGCAUGCUUGCAAUCCCUAAAUCAAAAGCCCCGACAGAAUAAGGGAGUGUGAUUAUGAGAAUGUGAUUCACGAAAUUUUCUAUUUUUAAUCUAAAUGUCAGACGCUAAGCACAAAUAUAGCUGCAAGGAAAUAUUUUACAAAGCUAAAUGCAGAUCUUAAGUGUUAAUAUACCAUGCACUUUGAAUUAAAUUUUAUUCUCUCUGUA